GCUUAUAUUGGGGACGACAAAACUGAGGAAGAGAGGGGGCUCUGUGGCAUGGCCAAUAUCGAAAUCGUACACGAAACGGAUGAAAAGCAUGCGAAACUCAAUAAGAUGCUAUUGGACCUGUUUGAGUGGGCAUUCAAAAAUCAUCAGCACGAUCGAGCAAAUUUUCUCCUAGUUGCUAAAGACAUCCCAGAGGAAGAAACGGCGUUUGCCAGAGCUCUUCAAGUUUUGCGAGAAAGAGCUUACAAAGUUUUCUUAGCAGUGCCUGAUGACAUCCCACUAGAUCAAGUGCAAUCUCGUCGUACUGCAAGCAUAGUAUGGCGUUGGACAAUGCUGUUUGAUAGCAACUUCCCUAUCAAAGAACUUGAUUCCGAUUACAAAAGUGAUUCGUAUUCUGACGAGGGAAGCUCACAAGGUGAGGAUAAACGUCAGAAGAUAACUGAUGAUGCUGCUUCUCACAAGUAGCUAGCUUCUCUGCCUUUAAAAUGAUACUAGUUUGGUUCAUUUUCUUUGCAAAUCAGUUCAUGCUCAGCUCACCAAAUCUUUAGGUUAUGUCUUUGAUUUAUGAAAUGGUUUUAUCUGAUGUUAAAAAAAAGUUAGGUAUGAA